AUGCUUCGGACAUCCACACUUCGAGCUCCGUUGCCUCGGGCAAUAGCUCGUACAUUCACCACCUCCACCUGCCCCGCGAAUGCCGUCAACAUCACGAGCAAAUCUGCCACUCGGGUCCUCAAUAGUUCUCCUUCAUCAUAUAAGCUUAAGAGCUUGCAAUCUUCGUUUUCUCGUCUGCAAAGAAAUUUCCACGCAACUGCAUACAAUAUGUCACAAACAAGAACCGAAUCCGAUGCCUUUGGAAACGUCGAGGUCCCCUCGGACAAAUAUUGGGGAGCGCAGACUGAGCGUUCGUUGGAGAACUUCAAGAUAAACCAGCCUCAAGAUCGCAUGCCUCCUCCAAUUAUCAAGGCUUUUGGUAUUUUGAAGGGCGCGGCUGCAACUGUCAACAUGAAAUUUGGUCUAGACCCAAAGCUCGGAAAAGCUAUUCAAGAAGCUGCCAAGGAAGUCGCAGAUCUUAAAUUGCUCGACCAUUUCCCUCUUGUCGUCUGGCAAACCGGCUCUGGAACCCAGUCAAAUAUGAAUGCUAAUGAGGUUAUUUCGAACCGAGCUAUUGAAAUUUUGGGCGGAACCAUGGGAAGCAAGAAACCAGUUCACCCCAACGAUCACGUUAACAUGUCAGCUUCUUCAAACGAUACCUUCCCUACUGUUAUGCACAUUGCUGCAGUCCUCGAAAUCGAGAAUGAACUCCUUCCUGCGACUAAGUCAUUACGAGAUGCUCUCCAAGCUAAAGUAGAUGAAUUUGAGGCAAAGAAUAUCAUUAAGAUUGGACGAACCCAUUUGCAAGAUGCAACUCCUCUUACCCUCGCCCAGGAGUUUUCCGGAUAUGUCGCACAACUUGAUUAUGGCAUCGAGCGCGUCGAAUCAUCCCUGCCUCACCUUAGACUCUUAGCGCAAGGAGGAACUGCUGUAGGUACUGGUAUUAACACUUUCAAGGGAUUUGCAGAAGCUAUCGCAGAAGAGGUUACUAAGAUGACCGGAACACAAUUCACUACUGCACCUAACAAAUUCGAAGCUCUUGCAGCUCACGAUGCCAUUGUUCAAGCUUCUGGAUCCCUCACCACCCUUGCCUCAUCCCUCUUCAAGAUUGCCCAAGAUAUCCGAUAUCUUGGAUCUGGUCCUCGAUGUGGCCUCGGCGAGCUUGCCCUUCCAGAAAACGAGCCUGGAAGUUCGAUCAUGCCGGGUAAAGUCAACCCAACCCAAUGCGAGGCCAUCACUAUGGUUUGCGCCCAGGUCAUUGGAAACGGUACUGCUACAACCAUUGGUGGUAUGAACGGCCAGUUUGAGUUGAACGUUUUCAAGCCAUUGGUCAUUAGAAACUUGUUGCACAGCAUUCGAAUCUUGAGUGACGGAAUGAGAAGCUUUGAGAAGAACUUGGUGGUUGGACUACAAGCCAAUGAGGAGAAGAUUCAAAGUAUCUUGAAAGAAUCUCUCAUGUUAGUCACCUGCCUAAACCCAAAGAUUGGUUACGAUAUGGCUAGCAAAGUGGCCAAGAAUGCCCACAAGAAAGGAUUGACCUUAAAGGAAUCAGCCAUGGAGUUGAAGGCUUUGAGUGAAGAGGAUUUUGAUAAGUUGGUUAGACCGGAGUUGAUGGUUGGACCAGAGGAUUACAAGAAAUAA